UGUCAACUGUUUCGGCACCAGAGGAUCACCGGCGUUAUCUGGCUGCUUUCUGCGAUUUUUUAAAUACACACCAUCUUCUGCGCCGGCUAUAUGCGUACCUGAUGAUUGGCACCGUCACCAGCCACGAUGGGGCGGCAAGCUUAUAUGAAUCGGCUCGCCCUGGGUCGAUCGCCGUACGAGGCUCCAGACAGUUCUGAGGUGGGUCCUUCAGCUGCUGCACAAGCAAGAUCGUCCUUGAUCAGCGCGGAUGGAUACGUCCAGCAGUAUGAUGAAAGGGGCCACCCUAUAAAUCCUGCAUCUAGGACAUUUGGUAGAGAGUUAAGGAGAGCCAAAAACGAUAUCCUUUCUACUAUGGGUAUCGUGGUCAGCGGCGAAGAUGGAAGUCUAGGCACUUCUAAAGAAAAACAGAAAGUCAAUCUUAUCGCGACAGAAAACGACUAUGGACUGGUAAUGGCAACGCUAGACCAGGUGUUCAUGUUUCUUGGUUCAUGGUGGACCACGUCUCUUGGAGGACGGAUACAGACCUUCAAGAGUUAUACCCAUGUUCCGUUGAUGAGGAUCAUACGCUUUGAGCGUAGAGCGGUCGGCCUAUUCGGGGUUUACUUCGCAGGUAUUCCGGCAUGGACGACUUCGUUCUUCUUAUCAAUCUGUCGGAAUCAUCUACUAGAGCCGUUGACGGCCUUCCUACGGAACCAGGCAAUGUCACUCUCCGACAAUGCUCUGUAUAACAGGAUAGUGCAGCAUAUUUUCUCGACGUUCGAUAAUGCAGCCCGGGGGACCCUUCUGAUUCUGUUCGGACAAACAUACAUGUUUUCACUCCUACAAUCUCUCCACUUGGUCCACCAUUAUACGUUCCCUGGAAUCAAGUUCUUCAUACCCUUCAGCGAUUCAUCUCUGAUACAGUUCCCAUCUCUUCCCUCUGAAUACACAUUUCAAGGGAUCAGCCAAUUUGGACUUAGCAUGUUCACAUCUCCUUUCUUUUUGAUCUAUGUUUAUGUAUACCUACGACCAAUUAUGGAAGCGAGGAUUUACCGCCUGAUUCGACGAAGGCUACCAAAACCGGACCGACCAGACGAACUUUCCAUCAGGGUAGCUAUUGAGAACGACCUAGUUGAGUGGACCGUGCCGACGCUCGGAAGGAGAUCAGACGAAGAAGCCCGGCGCAGUAAUUUCACGCUUUUAGAGGAGAUUCGAUAUGAACUUCUGACUGCGAGAAAUUGGAUGCUCUCGUGGUUUGGUUGGCGACAGAAGAAGCCGUUGGACGGCGAGGUCAUCGUGCCUUCAAGGGAGGAGACGAUCGAAUCUCUCCGUUAUCGCAUCGGACAACUACAAAAUGAGCUUGGAACCACGCCUGUCAGAGGACAUCCCGCGCCUCCGAGACAGACAGAUCCGAUGCAGGCGCGUGGCGAGCAACUUCUCAACAGUCGUGUUGAAGGCGUCCGUUCCGGGUCUCCAGACCCCGCUCUCUCAUCACGAACCCCGCAACCAGAAUCAUUAUUCGAUAUGGAGCAAGUCUUGUCAAACGAAGACCAGCGGCUGUCCCAGUCGCCUCUUGAGAUGGCGAACGAUUAUUUUGAUACCAUGCCCCCAUUAGGACGGACAGGGGUUGAUGGUAUUUCCCGGGAAAUGCCUUCAACCGUUGAAUCAACCCAACAGUCAUCCAGCCGAACGACAUAUAAUACUGAUGGAGCGGUGGCAAAUCGACGGGAUUCACGAUCAAACACACUCUUUUCCCGGCCUUCUUCUCCCGAAUCAUCACCACUCACCUCUCCGCGUGUACGAGCGUCUUUGGUUCAUCAGAACUCCGACGUCAUAACAAUGCAGCUUGAGCUCCUCACUAACCGUAAUCCGGGUCAGCAGGAUCAGGCCAUGAGCAAUAACGUGGACAGAACUGCACACGAGAGCUUACCCAACGAUCCUCAGGCAGCCAAUAGAAGGGCAAGCGAACUGCUGGACGCAUUGCUUUCCAACCAGGGUCAGACCCUUGCCAGUACCCUCCAGGCGGAAAGUACUGGGGACAAUGAUGGCCUUUCCGGCUUGACAGUUGGGGCCUCACCUGCCGCUAUAGACAACGUCGUGCCCGAACUCGAAGGACAUGCGCAACAGUCUAUGAUAACGAAUGCGGUUAAUGAUACCGACAACAUUCAGGAGCAACCAAUCGUGAACGUGAUUCCUGGUGGACUAAAUCAGCCAAUUCCAAUUCAUACAGAUAACCAAGAUUCGGAUUCAGAGUCUGAUUAUAUGAAUACGGACGCACGACCCUUAACAUCUCGCUCGCAGACCCGUCGGCGCUCGACAAAUGUCCAGUCACUCCCGACUCACCGUGUUACCAUCCUCUCAUCGCAUCCAGUCGACUCACUCUCUUCCCAUUUGGCGUCCCUGAUCACAAAUAUCUUGUUUAUACCCUUCGAGUCAUUAUACCUGCGGGCUCUAGCAAUCUCUUACCUCUCUUCACCAGCCAGCGGACCCGCUGCUGUAUUGAGGCCUGAUAUUCGAGAUCUAACCGCCUUUGCGGGCGGCGGCUCGACGCGAGACAUGCUCACCUAUGCGGGUAAACUGGUACUUGUCUUUGGGAUGCAAGCUGCGGUAAGUAUCGGGGUCUGGGGAAUCGGCACCGCAACGGCAAUCGGUAUGGGAAGGAAACGGUUCGGGUGGGGUAAUUUGUAAAUGGAUUCAUGUGCAAACAUGGGAAGACUCAUAAAAAGGGAGGUUUACAUUUCUUUCAUUCGAUGGCAAUUGGCAAUUCAUGUAUUAUUAGUGAUCCCUCGGGACUUUUAUCUCUGCUAGGAUAAACCCAGCCUCAUGGUACAGUAACUCUUACAUACAUUCUAUGGUCGCCUAUGACCGGUUCUCCGAUGAAAGCUUGACGAUCAUCUUUUAUAAACCAUUUCCGAGGAAGACUAAAACUAGAAACUCUUGCUCCCGAUCAAGGAGAUACUGCUCUUCUAUACUGUCACUGAACGAAGUACACUGACUAAGGAGGG